AUGGCUUGGCUCGUCUGGCUGGCGACAGUCCUCGUAGUGUUCAUUACUCUACUACAGGUGUCAAAUGUCUUCAGAUUUUAUUUUAAAUGUGUUUUGUUCGGAGCAACAGUAAUUGGCGCAUCAUUCAUUGGCUCUUUCUUAUGUUUAUUGAAUGGAACAACAACAAAGAACCAUUAGUAAGUCGUAUUUUAAUGUGAGGUUAGUUCUUUAGUGUAAUCUUCAAUGUUUUCCACAAGCUAGGAGUUUGGAUGAACAUAGAAUACACCGUGGAGAACCCAGAGUUGUUGGUUUCUGAGGAGCCCUAUGUUAUUAUUGCGAAUCACCAGGCCGCCUUGGAUGUCUUUAGUAAGUGACUAUGUGUACUUGGAACUUCAAAGUUCUUAGAUUUUUUUCUCUGUUUCAAAAAUACGUAAUUUCCAUAAGGGAACGAGAUUACAUUCGUUAGUGCAUGUUUAAUGCUGAUUUUUCCAGCCAUGUCGAAAAUAUGGCCAGAUAACUGUGUGGUUAUGUUGAAGAACAGUCUGAAAUACGUUCCAUUUUUCAACAUUUGUGCGUGGAAGUGUAACGCCAUAUUCGUUGAUAGGUUCAGUAAGGACAAAGCCCAUCAAACCAUCGAUCAUGCUCGGGAAGGAAUGGAGAAGGACAAAAAGAAGAUCUUUAUUUACCCGGAGGGCACCAGGAAUAAUAGAGAGGAGUUGUUGCCUUUCAAAAAAGGAGCUUUUAUCAUCUCCAAAGGGGUUAAUGUAAGUUUUCAUUACCGAUAAUAGAAACCUUAUAUCCUAGGUCCCCAUUGUGCCCUGUGUGUUUUCAUCAUACAAACCUUUUUAUGAUUAUGACAAAAAGAUGUGGCUGAGCAGCGGGAAGGUGACGAUAAGGGUUCUUCCAAAAGUCUACCCUGGUGACAAAGACGUUGAACAGCUAGCUGAAGAAUGUCGAGAUCUCAUUAGCAAGAACUUCAAGGAGUUAAGCGGGUUCAGCAAGAAAGAGUAA